CAAAGUCUCCUGCCUGGCGGUUCUGCACCAAAACCGUAGCCCAUGAAUUCCCGAACAAAACAUCCCAAUAGAUACAAAUCGACAACAAAUCCAAAAGCCAUAAGAAACCCACAUCAUUAAAAUCAUCCUUAAUUCGGUUCUGCUAAUCAUACGAUAAUGGCGCUGGAGACGGUGAAGGAGGACGAAGAAGUUUACAGGUGGAGAGAAGUACAGCUGCUUCAAAUCGCAGAGCUGGAGAGAGAGGAGCUUGUGAGAAGGCGAGGCCGUGACAUUGUCAUAGCUGUGGAUCAUGGGCCCAACAGCAAGCACGCUUUUGAUUGGGCUCUCAUCCAUUUCUGCAGGCUCGCGGAUACCAUCCAUCUUGUUCAUGCCGUUUCGAAUGUGAAAAGCGAGAUUGUUUACAAUGCAAGCGAGGGGCUUAUGCAGAAGCUUGCUAUGGAGGCAUUUGAAGUUGCCAUGGUAAGGACUAGUGCCCGGAUUGUGGAAGGGGAUCCUGGUAAGGUAAUUUGCAAGGAAGCAGAACGAGUAAAGCCAGCAGCUGUGAUCCUAGGUACCAGAGGCAGAGGAUUCAUUCAAAGUGUACUACAAGGAAGUGUGAGUGAGUAUUGCAUGCGCAACUGUAAAUCAGCUCCGGUUGUAAUCGUUCCAGGAAAAGAAGCUGGAGAUGAGUCGAUGAUCUAGCUAGCGGAGCUCAUGGUAUGUAUAGAACAGUUUAGCCCUUGAUUACUGCUGUGCAAUUUCUUUUAGUACCUUGCUGGAUUAUCUGGACGUAGUAGUUGGAACUUGGUAUGGUUGUAAGACUAAGAAUCAAUUGGCCAAGUCCUACCGUAAAUGGUUAUUCGGAUGAAAUGGUCAAAAUUUAGAAAAAGAUAUGUGGGCUGAAAAGUAUAUUUCAUUCAUACAUG